UACAGCUUCUACAGGGAGAUUCACUCGAAAGAGGCCCCGGAUAGUCUGUAAUAUCUCUCGCUAAAACGACGCAAUCUGGGCGAAACGAGGCGCGAUCGGGAUGGUGGUGUACAGCAUUGAGCAGCGCGUCUUUAUGGUGCGAACCUAUUGGGUCACCAAUUCGUUUAAACAGUGUCAGAAUGAAUUUAGGAAGAAAUACGGCGUUCGCGACGUGCCCUCAAAGAGUGUCAUUCAGAAGAUGGUACGGAAGCUGGAAACGACGGGGUCAUUGAUCCCUUCUCACGGCGGAGGCCGUCCGAAGAUGUCGCAAGACACAAUCGAUGACGUGCAGCAGCGUCUGCAGCAGUCGCCCACGACGCCCCUGAGACGCCUCGCCCAGGAGACCGGGAGGUCUUACUCGACAUGUCAGAGAGCUGCGAAAAGGGCCAAACUGCUUGGAGAAUGUCGGAGUGUGUCCGGCGGGAAACGGAGGUCACUUCCAGCAUCGCAUGUAGUGCAGUCGGUCACACAUACGUCGAGAACAUCAGCCACUAUGUCCUGUCCAGAGAGGCAUGUGAUUUGGAAGGCAGGGGAACUGGAGGCGUACCUCCAUCCUUCUCCGUGGACCCCAGGGGCCACAGUCGUAACGUUUAAUCCCCCUAGAGGAACCAGCAGCCUGUUCCAUUUACCUGAAGACUCUUUCCUGAGCCUGCUGUUGGGUGCGAGGGAGGUGGGAGGCCUCCUAUGUGAGCGGCUGGGGGUGCAGCGCUGUGCCCUUGUCCACACGCCUCAGAGUGAGGAGCACGAGGACCCUGCAGUGAAGCUGCUGGUGCUGCCCCUCCACGGCCUGCAGGCAAACUGGACGCCUCAUCUUGCAGCUGAGGAAGACUUCCAGCCAUAUGAUCCUGGAUACAUUACAUCGAAGAGUGGCCCACGAUGGACUGAUAUCAGUUUGGAGUGGGUUAAGGACAGGAUCCGGGCAAAACUACCUUCCCCAGACACCCCUCAUGACUACACUUUCCUUGGAGAUGCAUCCCACCCGGGUCUAUUUUCUCGUAUAGUUCGCGGUGAGGAGCAGCAGUGGAGAGUGUGGGAGGACGAGGAGCACAUUGCCUUCCUCACUCCGUUCCCCAACUCACCUGGUUUUGCUGUCCUCGUUCCCCGCAAACCACUGACCAGCGACAUCCUCCGGCUAGAGGAGGGGGAUUAUAAAGGUCUGGUGCUGGCCACCCGGCAGGUGGCUCAGCUCUUGGAGGAGGCGUUGGGAGCGUGGGGGGUGGGGCUUAUAUUUGAGGGAUAUGAGAUUGACUACGCUCAUGCUAAACUCAUUCCUCUGGUGUCACCACCUGACAACCUGACCCAAAACCUAAAAACCUGUCCAGCGCCUGAGUUUUAUGACAUGUACCCUGGUUUUGUGACUUCAGCCUGUGGGCCUCCAGCCUGCGCUGAGAGCCUGAGAGAUAUCCAUGCCAAAAUUACUGAGGCGUAAGAGAACUUUUUUUAAAACUUAUUUUUAGUGCCAAAGCGAAGACAGUAGAUUUUUCAAUGAGAAAACAAGUUAACUAUGGCAUAACGCCAUAUUCUUCAUAGUUUUCAUAUUUCAUAUGCUGCAUUCAAAAGGUGCGUGUCGUAUGAGGCUGUAACUGUCUUCUUUCCAGUCAAAUAGAUGGGUGAUGUAAUUUGAAACCCUUAUAAUUUAAAAAAAGCUGAACUCACAAAAUCUACAAAACAUCUUUUACCAGAUAAUCAACCUUUUGCAUAUGACGCAAAGUAUAUAAACCGUAUAUAAACCCACACAAACUAUAAGGAGACCUUGUAGGAAAAUAAAAUACAAGAAAAAUGUAGGAUAUAGCCCCUUCAACAUGUUUUAAUGUAGUUCAGUGUAAGGGUGGGCAAAGUGACAAAAUAUAUUUGAAGAAAUGUACAGUACAUAAUGCAUAUGAUAUUUUGUUAUUUGAUAAGCUGGAUCAGCGCACUAGAAAAAACAGUAUACGUAUUUGAGUAAAAUGGUGUUAUGAUGAAGAACCAACUCCCAGCACUUAGACAGCUGUGAUUCUUUAGAGCUCUUUAAAUCUGGUUUUAAUGAAAGAUCUGAUUAGAGCUAUCCAGGUACUGUCAGUACCCACACUGUACUCAGAAUAGAGGUUUAUUGUGAUGUAAUUUAUAAUUUAAUUUGGAUGAAGCACAAUACAGGGCAGCCAAUCAGAACAGCGGUCCUUUACAUAUGAAUCUUAAAGGCAGAGUAACAAAAGAAGCCUGAUUACUUGUAAUGGAUAAAUAGAGGUUGUAAAAAUCUCAAUUACAAAUUAAUUACACUUGUUGUUAAUUACACUUGUAAUUUGCAUUUUGGGACCACAGUCCAGUCCUGCACCAAUAGAAUUUGGCCACUCUGUGUUUACAUACAUGUGACUGUAGGCUUAGAUAAAUAGACUGUUUACAUGAGUGAUUAGUAUGAAUACAGGGAGAUUCACUUGAAAGAGGCUCCGAAUAUUCUGUAAUAACUCUUACUAGGACAAAGCAAUCUGAACCAAACAACGUACAAUGUGCUCCUCAGUAUAUGAAGCUUCGAACAAGCUGGGAUGCCCUUGCGUCUGAGCGAUGAGGUAGGCACUGGACAGCCGUUGGUUUAACCUCCGUUUCCAACUUCUGGGUGCAGACGCCUCCUGUACCCCUUUAUGGGUCUGGCAGAAACCAAAGAACACUUCCAUCACUGCAUAUAAUGUAAUCACUUACACACACGUCAAGGUAUGUGGCGUAUAUUUUGGUUCAGAUUGCUUCAACAGUAUAUUCAGGGCCUCUUUUGAGUGAAUCUACUUGUAUAAAUGUCACCAAGAAAUGAUUUAUUUCUGAUUGUGUUGCAAUUGUGUGUUUGUAACAUGAUGACUGAAUUGUUCAGAUGUUAUAAUCCACAAUGAGCAUUUAUAUUUGAUUGACUGAGAAAUGAUCAUUUCUGGGAAACAUACUGAGUUCAGCUAAUUUUAUAUGUAUUUUUUGGAAAUAAAAUUGACGAUAUUCUCAGAAUAGUGACAUUCAUCUGCAAGAAGUUGCCAGUAAUUAAAUUUUCCAUGCUGAACCACAUAAUUCUGCUACUGCUAUACUACAAGUUGUGCAUAUAAAUAAAAAUCGAUAUGUACUAAUUAUAAAA